AUGGCUGAAACAGAAAUAAUAUCUAGUAGUGAAAAUAAUGAGCAAUUUUUCGAAGGAGUUGAGAAGCUCAUCGAAAUUUGGUUUACACCGGCGAAAAAUGCGGAUUUGAGAAAAAUCACUCGUCAACAAUGGGAAAAUGUGCUGAAGAUUGUGCGUUGUGAGAUCAUCUCUUUCACCCAGAGCGAGCAAGUCGACGCCUAUGUCCUCAGCGAGAGCAGCAUGUUUGUGUCGCGCCGCCGUUUUAUCCUGAAGACCUGUGGCACGACCACGCCCCUACGCUGCGUGCACGCAGUGCUGGGGCUGGCAUACGACGUAGCCGGACAUGCGCGCGUGCACAACGUGUUCUACUCGCGUAGGGAAUUUGCACGCCCAGCUGCUCAACUGCAGCCUCAUGAUAACUUUGAUUCAGAGGUGAAACUUCUGGACUCUUUCUUCGGAGAUGGGCGCGCCUACAUCAUGGGCCCGGAGAAAGAUUGCUGGUACCUGUACACACUGCUACCGCUCGAAGGUACAGUGGAUGCCUUGGAGAAGGAACACAGCGACGCGAGCGAGGGUGGUCUGAUGGAGCCGGACCAGACCAUCGAGAUCCUCAUGUCAGACUUGGAUCCUGCUGUCAUGGACAUCUUCACACGACAGUACUCUGCUGACGCCGCCGCGGCUACACGGGAGUCUGGCAUUGACAAGAUUAUACCCGGGAUGGUGAUUGACGACUUCCUCUUCGAUCCGUGCGGAUACUCCAUGAAUGGAGUUGCUAAAGAUGGAGCUAAGGAUUUACCAUCAGGCUGCUACAUGACCAUCCACAUAACUCCGGAGCGGUCGUGCUCGUACGUGUCGUUCGAGUCCAACGUGCCAGUCUCCUCGUACGACGAGGUCAUCGCGCGCGUACUGCAGGCCUUCCGCCCGGCCAAGUUCGUGCUCACCGUCUUUGCUACACCGGACUCUCCAGGUGCAUCCGCCGCCCGCGAGCUGAAGAAGUUCCCAGCGCUGGGCGCGUACUGUCCGCUGGAGUCCCAGCACUGUCGGUUCUCAGGGUACGAGCUGCAGUACGCCCUGUACGCCAAGUUCCCGAGCUGA